UCAUGUUGCGUUGGCUGGUCAGUCUCGAUCGAAACUUGAUACGAAUCGGACGUGUCUUUGAAGUGUGUUUCUCUCUCUCCGGAAGUGGUCGUUUUAUGGUGUCUGUGCUGUGUACUGAUCUACCAAUUUGAUUUGCAUUAGUUACAAUCAUUCUACUUUUUGAAACAAUAAUACGGGAGUGUGAGAAUCUAUUCAGCCUAGCAAAGUGAAACUAAGAGGUAGAAUUUACCGACGUGUUAUGUUGUGUAAUUGGCCAACUUCUGUGCUAGAAUAGAGAGGAAAGACCCUUACAAUCUGAGCAUCGGCACGUAGAUCACCCUUAAUCGCCCUUUGAAAAUUCAACAAAUCAUCAAUCAAAUCCGUACGAGGCGAAGGAACGUAAACUAUUUCGCACAGGCUCACAUCAUUCCUGUUCUUCGUUUCCUGCUCCCUACCGCCGCCUCUGGAGAAGGAUUAGUGUGAGAAGUCAGCAACAGCCUGCCGCGUGUGUCUGGCUCGAGAAGAACGCAGGAGGAGGAGUGCGAAGGGCGAGUGGAACUGUACGCAGCCGCCGCCGCCGUCGUCGUGAGUGUUCAUACAGUAACAACAAUAACAACAACUACGGCAAGCGCUCUGUACAGGCGCUUCUCGCUGUCGCGGCAUCCGAUUCGGGCUAAGUCUGUUUAACGAACUCGCAGUGGAAGGAAGGAAUAGCCGAGCGCGAUUUGAACUUGAAUCGAACACCAAGAAGUGAACCUGGGUGGAUCUGGUUAACAAACGGUGCGUGGUGUUCUGCUGGUAGUGCUGUAAUAAUUAUUUUUCUCGAAAUACUUUGGUGUUUUAUAAUCCCCGGACAUUGCCCAAGAUAUUGUCCUAGAGAAGCAGUUUGCAGAUAAAAUAAAAUAUUAACUCACUGGAAAGUUUCAUGCUAUGAAUAAGUGAUAUCAUCAACGCGAUCUAGCAAAUUUACUUAACUCUUGUAUACCGGGCAAGCGAAGUCAGGCAGUCCUUUACGACUUGCGGUUCAGGUUUCAGGGGAACUUGAUCGAAGACUUUGUUCUGCCAUCCAGAAGCUAUGCGGUAGUUUGGAGCAGUGAAGUGUGGAGAAGUCGUUGUUUCACUCGGUACUUCGUGUGGCGGUUGAUAUUGCAGUCAGUGCACGGGAAAAGAAGAAUCUCCGGUUCGCUAUAUAAACCGACUAAAGAGGGAUAGAAAGAAAAAGAAAGAAGGAGAAAGAAGCGCUAUCGUUGUGAAUGAAAACAAACAACCCACAAAGGUCCCACCGAACGAGGAUUUGUCCGCAUCGUAUUAAAUCUCUAAAGAGGUAAGAGAUUCGCUGGCCGUCGGCAGAAGUGCAGAAUGGUUUUUGCUUAAUCUUAAAAUACUUGUUUUAUUUUAUGACGCGAGAGAAAAUAAACAGUCUUUAAAUAUAGUGAGUCUCCACGACCGCUGAAGCAAACAAGUAUUGUUGUACCGCGAGUGUUUCAAGUGCUGAAUACGCGACGCGAUUGCCGGUUGCCUGUUGUGUUGUGAAGCGAGAGGAAGAGGCCAUGUGAUUGGUAGUUUUCGCGAUUGAUGUUGUAGUUAAAAGCACCCCACAAUCGUUGAAAAAAGUGAUAAAAUAUUGUUGUCUGAUUCGAUAGUGCGAAAAAUUCUGAUUGCUUGCUGCUGGUAAUCAACUCGAGUGCGGCGUUUCGCUGUGAGAAAUCGGAAGCAAGUUUUAGCGUCAGUUGACGUUUCAGCUUUAGAACAAAUUUUCCAGCAGAACCAGAGCCAGAGCCAGAGCCGAUAUUGCAUGGUGUUGCAAAGCGGCCGAGCUGUUCCAACUGUGCUGUUCUGAAGCACAUGGUGCUCACCAUCGUCUGGAGUCACGCCGAUCGGCCCCGCUCUGAGGGGCCAUGACGCGUUGGCCCGUUCUAUUACUCUCACUGCUCUCGGUGGCGUUAGCCAGCGCUCCGAACGCCAAUGGAACGUCCCAACCGUCAGCAGCCGGCUCGACGACCCACUUGCAGUCGUUCCUGCCGGCUUUGUCGAUGUCGGCCCUGUCGUCAUCCGGCGGCAGCGCCCAAGGAAUCGCGGUUCAGCAGCAGCAACCUUUUCAAUUGCCACCGUUGCCGCUGCCCCAAGCGCAGCACUCGUACGCUUCGGGAACGACUUACGUGCCAAAAUUAACCACAAGCUCACGCUAUCAAAAGUUUAACAACAAUCGCACACAGCUGGUGGUUGGUUAUCUCACGGCCCUGAAAGGUAACAUGAAGGAUAAGCAAGGUCUAACAAUAUCCGGUGCACUAACAAUCGCUCUGGAAGAGAUCAACGACGAUCCCGACCUGCUACCGAAUGUGACACUGGCAUUGCGGUGGUACGACACCCGGGGCGACACGGUCAUUGCUACGCGGGCCAUAACCGAGAUGAUUUGCGACGGAGUGGCAGCCAUUUUUGGUCCCGAGGGUACUUGCAAGACUGAAGCGAUCGUGUCGCAGAGCCGGGAUAUUCCCAUGAUCUCAUAUAAAUGUUCCGAGCUGCACCGUAAAACACCCAUUCCUACAUUCGCUAGAACGGAGCCGCCAGAUACUCAGGUCACCAAAUCCAUCAUCUCGCUGCUGAUGUACUAUGGGUGGAAAAAGUUCUCCAUUAUUCAUGAGGAGAUGUGGAAAAAUGUCGCCAUUUCGCUGGAAAAUCAAGCACAGCUUAACAACCUGACAGUCAAUCACGUGGAGGAAGUUAUUGACAACCACAAGUGUUGCGAAAACAAUCUGGACUGUUGUCGUAGUGGAUAUUGGUAUACGAUAAUACAGAAUACCAUGAACAGAACCAGGAUUUACGUGUUUCUGGGCACACCCAACGCUCUGGUGGACAUGAUGACCCAGAUGGAUGCCAUGCAGCUGUUCGCAAAGGGUGAAUAUCUGGUGAUAUUCGUCGACAUGAUGACGUACUCGCUGAAAGAAUCCAAAAAGUACCUCUGGCGGGCGGAUCGAGUUUCCCAUUACAAAAAUUGCAAUGAGAUGGACCAAUUUCUGCUGCGGGGUCGCAGCCUCCUGGUGGUGGUUGCAUCCGAGCCACAGCCCGAGUUCGAACAGUUCACCACAAAGGUGCGGUCGUACAACCAGCGGGAGCCAUUCUCCUUCAAAACGCCCACACUGUUUUUGCCCUACACGAAGUACGUUUCAAUUUACGCUGCCUACCUGUACGACUCGGUGAAAUUGUACGCUUGGGCUUUGGAUAAACUGCUGAAGGCGGAACAGGCGAAUCGUCCGCUAACGGGCGAUGUCAUACAGGAAGUUUCCAGCAACGGGACACGAAUAAUCGAGACCAUCAUCCAGAACAGAACGUAUAGAAGUAUCGCCGGUGCGAUGAUCCGAAUCGAUGAGUUUGGUGAUUCCGAAGGUAACUUUUCGGUGCUGGCGCUUAAGAUGGACCCUUAUACCGAGGGUAAUUUCUCCUGCGAUUACCAGAUGAAACCAGUAGCACAUUUCCAAAUGCGCCAGCUCCCGCUGAACAAUGAUUCCAACCAGAAGAGGAACGAUGAAAUCCCAGAGUUUAAAUUGUCGAAGGCUGGUAUCACCAUUGAUUGGGCUGGCUCGGAGCGGCCAAUGGAUGAGCCAUCGUGUGGCUUCCUGAACGAGCACUGCACGAAGGACGAGUCGCACUUCACCUCAAUGGUGAUAGCAUGCGUUCUGGCGUUGGUUUUAUUUUGUGCCGGCGUUAUCACGAUGAGCAUCUACCGCAAGUGGAAAAUUGAACUGGAAAUUGAGGGUCUGCUGUGGAAAAUUGACUCGAGUGAAAUUAAGGGCUACUUCAACACGGAGAUCGUGUCAUCGCCGAGCAAGCUCAGCCUGGCUAGCGCCCAAUCGUUUGGGUCUCGCUGCUCCAAUCAGGUUUUCACGCCGACCGCCCGCUUCCGGAGUGUGGUGGUGCGCAUCAAGGAACUGAAGUUUUCCCGCCGGAAGGAUAUCUCGCGGGAGAUUAUGAAAGAGAUGCGACUGCUGCGGGAUCUGCGGCACGACAACAUCAACAGCUUCAUCGGGGCCUGCGUGGAACCGAUGCGGAUCUUACUAGUCACUGAUUAUUGUGCCAAGGGUAGCCUGUACGAUAUCAUCGAGAACGAGGAUAUCAAACUAGAUGAUUUAUUUAUUGCAUCGUUGGUGCACGAUUUAAUUAAGGCAAUGAUAUACAUACAUAGUUCAGCUUUAAACUAUCACGGCAAUCUGAAGUCGUCCAACUGUGUUGUCACGUCCCGCUGGAUGCUGCAGGUGACGGACUUCGGUCUGCACGAUUUGCGGCACUGUGCUGAGAAUGAGUCAAUAGGAGAGCACCAGCACUAUAGAAAUUUAUUCUGGAAAUCACCGGAGCUGCUGCGACAGCCUCACAUUUACGGCACCCAGAAGGGGGAUGUGUAUGCGUUCGCUAUCAUACUCUUCGAGAUAAUUGGGCGACAUGGCCCGUUCGGUUACAGUGACCUGGAGCCGAUCCGAAUCGUGGAGUUGGUUAGGACGUUCCCGGAACCGGGACAGGAACCUUUUCGGCCAGACAUCGAGAGCGUCAUCGAGAACGAAACCGUUCCGGACUAUGUGAUCAAUUGCGUUAGGGACUGCUGGGAGGAGAAUCCGGAACUAAGACCGGAUUUCCCAACCAUUAGAAAUAGGUUAAAACGAAUGAGGGGAGGCAAAUCGAAGAACAUCAUGGACCAGAUGAUGGAGAUGAUGGAGAAAUAUGCUAACAAUCUCGAGGAAAUCGUGCAGGAUCGAACGCGGUUGUUGUGCGAGGAAAAGCGCAAAACCGAGGACCUGCUGCACCGUAUGUUACCUCAACCGGUGGCCGAGAAGCUGACGAUGGGAUUGGGUGUGGAGCCGGUAUCGUACGAUUCGGUGACUAUUUACUUCAGCGAUAUCGUUGGUUUUACAGCGAUGUCCGCCGAAAGCACCCCGCUCCAGGUAGUCAAUUUCCUCAAUGAUUUGUACACGGUUUUCGAUCGGAUCAUCAAGGGCUACGAUGUGUACAAGGUGGAAACGAUUGGGGACGCAUAUAUGGUGGUAUCCGGUUUACCCAUCCCUAACGAUAAUCGCCACGUCGGGGAAAUUGCCUCGAUGUCCCUGGAGCUGCUGCAAGCCGUCCGGACGCAUCGAAUCUCGCAUCGGCCCAACGAAACACUUAAGCUACGAAUCGGCAUACACACGGGGCCAGUGGUAGCCGGUGUGGUGGGACUUACAAUGCCUCGGUACUGUCUGUUCGGUGAUACGGUGAAUACGGCUUCUCGGAUGGAGUCCAAUGGUGAAGCACUGAAGAUUCAUAUCUCACCACAGUGCAAGGAAGCACUAGAUCGUCUCGGGGGCUACGUGACGGUCGAGCGGGGAAUGAUCUCAAUGAAGGGUAAGGGUGAGGUGAUGACCUAUUGGCUGGAAGCGGCCACUGACAGCGCCAUCCAGAAGAAACCGGUCGACGUGCGGGAUCUACCUCCACCGCUGUUCUGCAGGCCACGACGGUCGCCAAAGCUAACGUAUGAUUCGCGGCAACCCAGCAUCACCGGGUUUGCAAAUUUCAUGGUUGGCAGUCGACGCCAGUCCAGCGCACACAAAGAUCUCGAAAGCAAUUACAGCCUGCAGGGUUCGGUGUUCGGACCCUCAAUGCGGGACUCACCUCGUACCAAUCAACGGAGGGUGGAGCAACUAGCUCGGUACAUCAAUGACGACUCCCAAAGUACUUUAGAACAGCGAAAUGCAAUAGAUAAAACCGAAUCUAGUGAUAGUCUAGUAAAAAAAGUCAUCUUUAACAGUAGCAGUAAGAAGAUUAGAAAUAAGUUCCGCUCGAUUGCGUCAACAGACGAUUACGGUCAGAUCUGCGGUACAGGCGGUUCGUUCCUGAGGGAGAGCCGCUCACUGGAUCCGUUCCCGAGUGACGUGCGCAAACGUUUGGAAAGUAUUAAAUUGGAUAAGAAACCUCGCAUGGUGCAGAAGGGUUCACACUCACUGGAGGCCGGCGUUUCAACCAUCAGCAGCGAAGACAUCUACGGAGACAAAGCGGGUAAGCUGAUAAUCUCGACGGUACCCGAGGACAGCGGACCAGGUGAUGUGUACAAGUACCUAAACAACAACUGCAACGGGUCGAUCGGGAACAACGAGGAAUCGCACUGUCCGCUGCUGAUGCGACAGACGUCACUGGUCACCCCCGGCCAGGAGGACAGUCUGAGCACACACAAGCGGUGGUACUCGCUAGAGAACGUGGGUGCACCGGAUGACGACAACUGCAGCAAAAAGUCGCUAACGCGAAGUUCCAUCAAAUCCUGGCUGGCGGGAAUCAUCCACGGGAACGGCUUCAAAGCGAGUGACUCCAGUUUGCGCAAGGUGGGGGUUCUUCCGGUAGGAGUGGCCGGUGUUACGGGUUUUGGGGAGCUACAGUCGACACCGGAGAAGGAGAGUAUGGUUUGAUACAGCGAACGGGUGAAUGCUAGUGGUCAUCUGUAGAUAAUUGAGUAUGUGUAUGUGUAUGUCUAUAGACGUUGUAUCAUAGUGGUGAGGUUUUUCUGUGUACUUGACGGGGUUGUGAUGAGGGCUAGGAGUUAUAUUAUUGACAAAAGUACCGAGUUUAAUUAGAUUUGAACAUGUUUUUUCGUUUAUGAUCAAAAACUGACAUUGGACAACAUAUUGAGUUAAAAUUGACAAAAGUCGAAAAAACAACGGCCAAAAUGUUCAAUAUUUUGAUGAUGAGCUGGCAAAACAAGUUAGAAACAUUUUUCAUUAUUCUGAGAGUGCUUAUGUUUAAACAUUUUAGGCUCGGCGACUCUUAAAAAAACCUAAGUUUUUUUCCAAUUCUAGCUUCUAAAAUAUGGUGGAAAACAUUUUGCGUGCCAUUUUAAAAUUCACGUUUCUAAUUUUAUUUUAUUUCAUAACAAGACUGCUUUAUGCGCAAAUUUUCAUUUAGCAUUCAAAACUGCAAAAUCAAUGAAUUCAUUGUGUUAAAUAAGGAAAAAAACAAUGUGCAAAGGUUAAAUUUGCACGAGAAGCAACUUUUUUUUUCUCAUUUUGGUUUACUCGUAAUAACCUUCUCUCAAAAUAUAUCGUUAGCUAGAUUUUGUUUGCUAAAAUGUGUUUUUGAACAACACAAUGAACUUGAAAAGUUCAACUAGAAUUAUAUUUUAAUUGCGAAAAAACCUGCGAAAAGAACCCUUACAUCACCAUCCCGUCUGUAUGCCUUACUAUGUGUUAUACUUUGGCGGUGCAUUGGCAUAGUAAUAAUUGGUUUUAUAUAAAAAAAUACAGCAGCAGCUGCUGCUACUGAUUUAGAACAAAAUCUCCAAAAAAAAACUAUAUUCUCCCCUUCGUGUUGAAAGCGGAUCGCACUAGGAUUCGCCACAAGAAUCUGUAUCUGUAGGAUCGCGUAGAAAACAAGUGCCAUCUUAAACCAUAUAGAGAAAAAGAAACACUGUAAACAGCAAUCAAACAAAGAAUCUAUAAUGCACUGAUAGUAGGAGAGAAUUUUGGUAAACUCGAUGUUUCCACUUACAGUCUACAAAACGUUGAUUUCAGCAUGAUUUCUAUUUGUUGUAGGUUGAACACUUUUAUCAAGGUGGAAACACAACACAAACAUAAACUGUUAUCAGGAUAAUGCUAUUUGUUCACAACAAAUUUUAAGUAGUUUUAAAUGAAUUAUAGGCUGUGAAGUAGGAUAUACAUAAUGCUAAUAAUGCUAGGUUUUGUGUCACCACGUCCCAGCGUGGAUUGAUUACGGGGGAGAAAGCAAGUUUCGGGGUGAUUGUUUCCUUAUUUUAUGUCGUAUAUUUAUUAUUCAAACGUCUAUUCUCAAAUCCCCCACCGCCAUUGGGCCGUGGUAGCAUGAAAACACUUACAAAAGAUUUAAAUAGUGGACUCUAAGUCACCAGGUUAUACAGUUUUGCGAGAUUCAACUCAUCAACAGUCAGAAAGCUCUUGAAAUGGGCACGGAUUGAUUCGCCCAGCGCGACGGAAUCAGACUACUAAUUUCAACGUAUGCAAAUGGGUUUAGUGUAAAUAGGUAUUUAGGUGAAACAAAACAUUAAACAAAUAGAAAGUAUAUUGCUAACCUCUAUGUAUGUUUCUAAAAGAUGCGAUCGGUGAAAGAUAGGCCAUCGAAAAUUGAGUGUUGUUCAAACGUGCGUGUUUUUUCGAAUUCUAGAAACACUGUGAUUGCAAGUUAAAAUGUACACACACACAAAAUCAAGCUGCAACAAACAAACAACUAGAGAAAAAAUCUUAGUUUUCGACCACAGUUUAUAGUUACCAAUGUUGGUUAGAGAGAAUAUAACUCGAAAUAAGCUGCUGUUCACAGAUUUCCACAGCUGGCAGGGUUAAGAGGUUUGAUCUGCAAUUGUGCGGUAAUCGAAUCCGAAUAUAUAAAAACAAAAUUAGCGAACAUUGAAACGAUACGCAUAUCAAUCUUGGGCAAAUCAUUCUAUAUUCGAUAGUCAAAAAUUAGAAAUAAACAAAGCAAAAAGAAACGAAUUGAUAAAUCUCCACUUAUUUGCAUAUACUUUUGGGAACUUGUAUUAGGAUACAAAAUCAGAAAAUUAUUUGAAAGUAGUUGGUUUUUCAAAUAUGUACAUUGAAGUAAGUAGCAAAAGCAUUGUAAAGAAUGUAUAUUUAUUACCUGAAACAGAAUAAAGAAAUAAGAU